AUGAAAAAUGAGGUCUAUAUUUUAAUUAUCUUUCAUAUUAUAGUGUGGAGUUUGGAGCACGGGAAAAAGAUUAAACUUCAAAUUUGGGAUACGGCUGGACAAGAAUCUUUUAGGAGCAUAACGAGGAGUUAUUAUCGUGGUGCUGCUGGGGCUUUGUUAGGUAAAUUGGAUAACUUAAUUAGUCGAAAAAUAAAUGCUCGUCAACACGCGAAUUCCAAUACUACAAUAAUGUUGAUUGGCAACAAGAGCGAUCUUGAAUCUAAACGCGCUGUCUCUUAUGCGGAAGGUGAAGCGUUUGCCCAACAACAUGGAUUAUUUUUUAUGGAGACCUCGGCAAAGACAGCGGAUAAUGUUGAAGAAUCAUUUGUAGAUACUGCCAAAGAUAUUUACGAAAAAAUUAAACAAGGCGUUUUUGACGUAUCAAAUGAGUCAAAUGGUAUCAAGGUUGGAGGGCAUUUACAACCGAAGACGUUACCACUUAAUGCAGAUAGCGGCAACAAUUGUUGUUAA